AUGUCAGCCACAGCUAAUGGAGUUGAUCCCGCUCUCGUUACCAGAAUAGUGGACAGGGUGAAAUCUCAAGGAAUUUUUGAUCAGUUUCGCCGUGACUGUCUCGCAGAUGUGGACACAAAGCCAGCAUACCAGAACCUGGGAACCCGGGUGGAGGGCUAUGUCUCCUCUUUCCUGACCGAUUUCGUGUGGACACCGGACAUGAACAAGAACCAGCUGAGGAACAGUCUCAGGAGACAAAUUAAUGAAUCUGAGAUGCUUGCCUCAGGAGUGGAGAGAGUCAUUGAGCAGGUGGUGGACGCCCAGCUCCAGCAGAUCUUCCUCCCUCGCAUCGAGACGGUCGUCAAGGAGUACCUUCACAGUGAUAACACACCCUCCUCCAGUGAUGUCAAACCGGGCAUGGAGAGUGGGUCCAUACCCCCUCAACCCGGUCAGUAA